GUGCUCCAUUACAUGAAGGUUUGAGUGCAGCCGUGCAGGGUGGUGAGGGUUUGAGAUGGCGGAGAAAACCAGCAAAGGUUCUGUGAGUUUAGAAGGAGAGAAGGUGCUAUUGGUUCCAUACAUGGAGGCACAUGUCCCCAAAUAUCAUUCUUGGAUGCAAGACCCUUCUCUUCUUCAAGCCACUGGUUCUGAGCCUCUUACCCUUGAUCAGGAGUACCAGAUGCAACUCUCCUGGUCACGUGAUCCUAACAAGGAGACGUUUAUUAUUCUGGACAAGGAUUUGGUUGUUGGAGAUCUCUCACAUGGGCAACCCCAUGUUGAAGCCAUGGUUGGUGAUGUAAAUGUAUUCAUGAAUGACCUGGACAAUCCUCAUAUGGCAGAGGUUGAAAUAAUGAUAGCUGAACAAAAGAGCCGUGGAAAAGGACUAGGAAAGGAGUCUGUUCUGAUGAUGAUGGCCUUUGCUGUUGAGAAGUUGGGAAUCAAUACCUUUCAAGUUAAAAUUGGAGAAUCAAAUGUUGCAUCCAUUAACCUAUUCAGAAAAUUGCUUCAAAUGGUUAUUAAAUUCUCCAAGAUUGACUUAGCUCAUGGAUUUGGUGUAGGGAUUUGUGCAAACUUCACAUAGUAACAUCUUCAAAGAGGUCACUUUGGAAUUGCAAAUUACACGGACCAAGAAUGAGGAGAUGCUUGGUUUGAUGGGUAUUAUGAUCAAACAUACAUAAAACUGUUAAUUAUUGGUGAUCUCGUCGUUAAUGCAUGUGAUAUAGUGAAAAUCCUUAGUAAGUAUUGAGUCGAGACUAGCUCUUGUGUUUUUGAAAGUGAGCAAUACAAAUUAUGUGUGCUUUUCUUUA